AUGUCGCUGGAGCCAAUGAAGGGGAUUACAAUCAUGAUGUUGCGAACAUCAUUAGGUUCAGUUUUGAAUAAAGAACCGACUGCUUAUGAAGCGGAGUUGAAAGGCGUAUUGGAGGUGUGCGAUGUUCCCCUCGCCUCGGUGGACUUUUGGUGCUCCGAUGUUUCCUCCACCAUUGACUCUUCCUUGACCAUGGUCAGGGGAGAUGACAUGGUCAAGGUGGUGGCCCGGUAUGACAACCAGUGGGGUUACAGCCAAAGUGUUGUCGAUUCGGCACACUUGGUGGCGAGCAAGUGGCCCGAUGUGGCUGCCGCCAGAAGCGGUGACUCCUCGGAGGAUUACUGCAAGACAAACCCAGCAGAUAAGGAAUGCAAAGUUUACGAGGCCUGA